UCGUAAAAAGAAAGUAAAAUGUGAUGGAGUUCAACCAAGUUGCUCAAGGUGUCAAUCGAAUGGAGUUGAAUGUCAAUAUACUGAUCCUCCAAAGAAACGAGGUCCACCCAAAGUACGAAUUGAAGUCAUUGAGAAUCGUAAACAUCGUAUCGAGUCAUUAUUACUUCAACAACAAAAAUACAAUACUUUGGAUUACACUCGUACAUGUUAUUUUUAAUUCAUAGAUUAAACAGCUAACUUUUUUUUUAAAAUAGAAAGCUUUGAUAUUCCUGUAAACACAUUACUCUGUUUGAUAGCAGAAGAAGUCCAACGCAAGAAAAUAAACGUACGUUAUCAUCUCUCUAUUGACACAGAACGCUGAUAAGGUCCAUUCUUUUAUGAAUACCUCUAGGGCAGCAAUGACAUGUUAUCCGAUUUUCAUCACGAUCACUUUCCCGAUACUUGGUCCGAAUUUUAUUUUGACCAUUUUAAUUACAUGUUUCCAUUACUUUCUAAAGAUCAUUUUAACAAAAAGGAUCAAGAGCCACUUUUGAAAUAUGCAACAUGCGCACUAGGUGCAUUAUAUGCUUCAUCCGAUCAUCAUUCACUCCUCUUUCAAAGAACUCAAUCCAUCCUGCAUGAUUCAGCAACACAUUGUGCUCUUUCGACAGUACAAGCUCUCAUUAUCAUGUGUUGGUAUACCCAUUUGACGGGUGAUUUACAACAAUGUGAUUUACUUCGUCGUCAACUCGCACAUAUGAUAGACUGGUUACAAUUCAUUCAGGAUGACACUCCCUUUAUAUUGGAAUCUAAAAGACGUGCCUACUGGGUUGCCUGGGUGAUCGAUCAAUGGUUGACUUCCUGUACCUUAGGUGAACGUAUACUAAAGGAAUGGCAAUAUCCUUGGCCACAAUUGGAAGACAACCAACUCAAUGACCCUUUUCUGUCACCAUCCUCAUUAUCAUCAACAGAUGAUAACCAUAGCACUAUUCAAGCAUUUCAUCAGAUGAUAAAAUUAUCCAUCAUCCUCAAGGAUAUCCAUCAGGGCAACAUGUCAUUACAGACAUUGGAGACUAACCUGACCGAGUGGUUACUCAACCUUCCUUCAUAUCUCGAUUAUACCAAGACCUCAUCGGCUAUGACAAAACUAUACCGUAUAUUAUAUUAUACAGUACAGAUGGUACUCUACCAACGUCAUCAACAUCAUCUUAGCCAUAGUAUCUGUAUAACAGCAGCCAACACGAUCCUAUAUAUUACCGAACAAAUGAUGGAUACGGAUCAGACUGUAUACACUUUCAACCUAUUUUUUCUUUCACUUACAUUUGCAACUUCAUUCAUUCAUUUCAAUUCAAUCAUUUCUUCCUCUAAACACAUUCACUUGUUAAAACAGGCUAACCCAACAUCUCUCCCAGCCUGUGAGCUAGAACAACUUGUACAGCAUUAUCUCGAUCCUACUCCACCUAUAGAGUUCCAUGUUGAUCAACUGCUUUCAUUCCUUGAUAAUGAAUCUUCAACUACCAUCACUUCUACAGAUUCCUCUUAUUUUUCACCUACUCAUUCACCUUCGUUAAAGGAAGAAUUCAUCUUCGAUCCACUAGCGGUAGUAACAACAUCCCCAACGCUAUUCUUUUAGCACCUCUUUCUUCUUUCGUUUAUAUGUUAUGUCACAUAUGAUCUAUGCUCACCCCUCUUUUGUGUUUUAUGUUAUACGUUUUUUAAAUAAGGCUGCC